AUGCAUGACGCCGCCGAGGGGAUUCGCACGAAACAGCUCACCUCCAUGUCCCGCAAGAGCGUUGGCCGGCUGCCGGACACUCAGAAGAAGAGGGUCUCGGAGAUGGCGUCUAUGCCGGGGCUCGACUUUCUCUGGGGUCGGUUCGACACCAAUGCGUUUGGGGUGGACCUUGCUGGGAACUACGACCACCGAGGUCUUUUUCCCGAGAUUGCCAGGAUCAAUCAUGACUGUAGACCGAGCUGCUACACUCGUUACUCUAGUCGGCUUCUGACCAUGGAAGCCAUUGCUUAUCGUGACAUCAAACAAGGAGAAGAGCUCAGCAUAGCGUAUACACCCCUCAACCUCCAGACGGAAGACCGGCAAGACAUCAUCCAGCGCUGGGGCUUCAACUGCACCUGCCAGCUCUGCAGCGACCCGGCGCUCAGCGCGUCCUCGGACCGUAACCGCCAGCGCAUCGCCGGCAUCAUCACCGAGGCGAACGGGCCGCAGAGCCGCGAGCGAGAGGUGCUCGCGCGGCUGUCGGAGGAGAUGAAGGAGCUCGUGGAGGCCGAGGAGCUCGAGUCGUUGGCGGGGACUUACGUUUCGGGGGUGGAUCACCCGAGGGUGGAAAAGGCUAGGUCCGUCAUUGGUAAGCUGAAGGCUAGCAUCAAGGGGCGGAAGGAGUAA